GAAGCCCCUGAAGAGAGGGUGUUGGAGUGGAGACCUGACUUAGCUGACUGUGAGCCUAGUUCUACCAGGCUCAGUGCCUACCUGCCCCUCCCAGUAGGCGUGGGUCAGUUGUGGUGGCAGCCCCCAGCCAACAAUAACGGUGGUGGGACCUGGGGCAGCAGGACUGGGUGAGCCGGCCAGGCAGGUCCCUGGUCUGUGUGCCAGGGGCCACCCCCUCUUGGUCUCCAGGUAGUGUCCUAGAGGCCCAGCCUGUUGUUCCACUUGAGAAGCAGAGGCCACAGGGCCCCCAGCAUUGUGUGACAAUCAGGCCAGCCCUCCAGCACCCAACAGCGGCAAGGUUCCUGUUUUCAUGGCUACUGGCGGGCCAGGGGCUGGGGAAUCCCAGGAGGAGGAGGAGGAGGAGGAGGAGGGGGCCUCCACUGGACAGCAGGCUGCCACGCUGCAGCAGGCCCAGGAGCUCUUCUUGUUAUGUGACAAGGAAGCCAAAGGCUUCAUCACCCGGCAGGACCUGCAGGGCCUGCAGAGUGACCUACUCCUCACACCUGAGCAGCUGGAGGCUGUGUUUGAAAGUCUGGACCAGGCCCACACUGGCUUCCUCACUGCCCGGGAGUUUAGCUUGGGCUUGGGGAAGUUUGUGGGGGUGGAGUUGGCUCAGGGCAUGCAACCCUCCUGGACUACUGAGGAAACCUUUGAAUCGGGCUGGUCAGAGGUGCAGGGCACCAGGGGUUCUCUGGAGGAGGAGGAGGAGCAGGAAUUCUGCACUGCACUGGAGCGGCUGGGAGUGGCCCGGGUCUUGGGCAAAGUCCCUGGGCCUGAUCAGGCCCAGCCAUCUGUCAGCCCGCCAGGCGUGAUUUCCCGCAGAAUUUGCAUUCCAGGACAAAGCAGUCUCAGCUUCGGGGAGGGGAGGCACUGGGCAUGUGGCAUGCUGGGCUGUCCACAUACAGUGCCACUUCAUGGUACCCAGCCACAGAACCCGGGCAGGAUGAGAGCACUCACACCUGAACGGCAGCCGGCUGUGAGGGCCCUGUGGGCCCAGCUGCAGCGCGAGAGACCAGAGCUGCUGGGUUCUUUCGAGGAAGUUCUGAUGCGAGCGUCAGCCUGCCUGGCAGAGGCAGCCAGGGAGCGCGAGGGCCUGGAGCAGGCACUGCGGCGGCGGGAAAGCGAGCAUGAGAGGGAGGUGCGUGGCCUCUACGAGGAGUUGGAGCAGCAACUCCGGGAGCAGCCGCAGCGCCGGAGGCAGAGCCAGAACCUUCCCCUGGAGGAGCGAAGGGGGCAUCUGGAGCUGCAGCUGCAGAGCCGCGAGCAGCAGCUGGAGAGGGCUGGCUUGCGGCAGCUGGAGCUGGAACGGCAGCUACAGGCCCGGGCUGCAGAGCAGCUGGAGGCGCAGGCCCAGAACACCCAGCUGCGGCAGGCUUGUGAGGCACUGCAUGCACAGCUGGAGGGGGUGCAGGAGCAGCUGCACAGACUGCAGGGUGAUGCUCGGGGCCGCCAGGAGCAAACACAACGGGACGUGGUUGCCGUCUCCAGGAACAUGCAGAAAGAGAAACUCAGCCUCCUACGGCAACUAGAGCUGCUCAGGGAGCUGAAUACACGGCUUCGAGACCUACGAGAUGAGAGAGACACCUGUGAGGCCAGGCUGCUCAGAAGCAGCCACAAGAAGGCUCUGGCCACAGCCCGCUGGCCUGGGCCCACCUGCUGCUGCUGCUGCAGCUGGGCUAGGCCCCCCAGACGUGGGUCUGGCCACCUUCCCAGUGCCCGGUAACCAGCUCCAAGUGACUCCCCUGGGCAUUACCUGGAGGAGCUGCCCCUCGAAGGCUACUUGUCCUGGGAGGAGGGCUACCAUUCAGGGUGUGGGCUCUAGCCCACAAAGACAUGCAGGAACUAACCUGUGGGUGGUAAAGGUCUCAAGGGACUCAUGUGCCCCUGCCAGGUGUGCCCUUGCCAAUACUUAUCCUGUUCCCUUGUCUAUCCAUCAAGGAAAAAACAAACAAAACAAACAAAAACUGCUAUAACGUC